AUGAGCGGCUUAGAGAUUGGGCUUGCUUUGCCCGGUAUCAUUGAUUUAUGUUUAACAUACGGAAAAGACAUUGUGACCGCAUACAAGGAUUUCAAACAUGCUGAUGAAGAGGUCGAAGAGCGUAAACUUGCUAUCGACGCUGCUUGGGCCAAAACAUCAGAACAAUUAGCCUUUCUACGUCGUGUGUGGGAUAGACUAAGCGAAAAUUACCGGGACCUCCAGAGCCGCAUGCUUCGUCAUUUCGAGAAAAAGCUAGAGGCUGCCGUGAGGGAGCUCAGCAAACUUGACGAUCAGGCCGCUAAGAGCGGAAGUCGGUUGCUAGGCAAGUCAAAGGCAGCGAAAUAUGCUUUGUUGAAAAAGGAAUCGCUCGACAGGGCAAUCCAGAAUCUUCGAGUGUGGCAAAAUGAGUUCGAUACGACCUGGUACUUGGUUCUGCUAAUAGCCGAUGAGGCCAUUGACAAAGCGUUGGUCAAGCGCACAGGAACUGAGAAAUUAUCUGUUGCUAGACAUGUACGGAGUGCGCUACGACCAGAGCCACAACGAGAGGCUACGGUUUUCCUUUCCGGAAGCAAGCUUCAGUCUGCUAAACGCUCUGAAAUCCCAUAUUCAACAUCAGAAGUGGUCGAGAUUGCGGGCGGCGGUACGUUUAUCUUGGAUUCUGCGGACUGUUCGUCUAGAAAAGACGCUGUCACAUUCUCAAAGAAUGUACGGAGCCUAGCUAUAAGACUUCAACAGGUCGAUGCGAAUGGAUUUCAUCUCCUUAAAUGCCAUGGUGUGGCUCGCAUAACGGACCCAAACACUAAGCAGCUUCUCUCAUUCGACUUCAUCUUCAACUUCCCCAAAGGAUGCCAGAAACCCCAGAGUCUUCGGAGCCACCUUCUCUCCCGCGUAACCCAUUCUCUCAGUGACAGAAUCAGUCUUGCUAAGCAGCUUGCCACAUCUAUCAGCUAUAUCCAUGUCCUGGAAUUUGUGCACAAGAAUAUUCGCCCAGAGACUAUUUUGAUUUUUGAAGGCGUUGGAUCUCAUCUAGGUCCAUUAUACUUGCUAGGAUUCAGAGCAUUUCGCAUGGCUGACAACAAAACAUUACGACUGGGCAACUCUAUUUGGUCUGAAAACAUCUACCAACAUCCUGAUCGACAAGGAAGCAACCCCUGUGUGGACUAUGUCAUGCAGCAUGAUAUAUACAGCCUCGGAGUAUGCCUCCUCGAGAUUGGACUUUGGGAUUCACUCGUGAGUAGCGAAGGAGACGCAAAUGGCUCGCUAGCUGGUGUGAACUGUGAUCCUUCGACCUUCAAUAGAGAUAGUUCGCUUAAGGAUCACUUCAUGACGUUGGCGAAGAAACAGCUACCGAUUAGAAUGGGAGAGAUGUACACGCAGGUUGUUGUUAACUGUCUAACUUGCAUGGAUGAAACGAACGAAGAUUUUGGCGAUGAGAGCGAAUUCGAGGAUGGCGAUGGCAUCCUGAUUGGGGUCAAAUACAUUGAGAAGGUAUAG